CCGGCCCCUCGGAGCCUUGGGUCCUGCAAUGGGACGUGUUCUCCUUUAAGAGUUAAGAAACUUGAAACCUUGUUUGCGCAACAAUCAGCGCCGCGGAGCCGCCAAAGUGUCUAGACUGGCAUAUGAUGGGAGGCAGCCAAUGACUCCACGGCGCUCCUCCGGGGGCCCUCACUGUGCGUUUGAGGAGAACAAAAAAGAGAGAGAGAGCCGAGCCGAGAGAAAGAGCCGCUGGCCGCUGCCUCGCCGAGCCUCGCCGGGACCGCGGGGCCGCCGGGAGGCACUUUGGUGGCGGGGGGACGGGGGGGCGACCUCGGCAGCCGCGGCGCCCGAAGCGUCCGAGCGCAGCGUGGGGCGGGCUGCGACCUCUGCCUCGCCGGACUGCAUUUUUAAUUAAGGAUUCCCAGCAGCUCUGGGGUUUUUACAGCUCCCGGUCCUGUGUUGACACCGCGUUCCGGAGUAACUCGCUCCAAGUGCAUCUAGCGCCUGGGACCUGAGACGGAGUUGGCCUUCCGUGCAUGCAAACCUUGGGAUUGGGGUUUUGUUUGGGAUUUCUUUUCCUUUCCCCCUCCUUUCCCCCCCUCCCCUUUCUUUUUGCAGGGAGUUAAGGGUAUCCACAAGCCUGCCUUUCCGAGCCUGCAGGAAGAGCCCAUGCAUUGAAGCGCUUGGGUUUUAAAGGCAGUCUUUCGGGAGCUUCGGCGCGAGCGCUUUGUGCUCACCGACCAGCGCGCAACUUCUGGAGGCUCCUCGGCCCAUGCGGGGUCUCUCCAGCCGCGCGCCGCCUGCAGCGCCCCCGACGCUCGGGGGCCGGAGCUGAGCAGCGCGGCCGCACCGGUGCGUGCAGCCGCCGGCCCCGCGCGGGCUGCGGCUCGGCGCUCGCGGGGUCCCGGCCGUCCCGCCCCGGGGAGCUCCCUCAUGUUGCGGCCCCGCGGCGCCACUUCAACGACGGGCUGCGCGCGCUCUGCACGGCGCCCCGCGGCGGAGCUUCAUGCGGGGCUGCGGCCCGCGCAGCCGGCGCCUCGCUGAGGGAACGGACCCCCGGUAACUGGAGACCGCCGCCCCCCACCCCCUGGCGCCAAAAGAUAUCGUAUGUUCAGGUCCAAACGCUCGGGGCUGGUGCGGCGACUUUGGCGAAGUCGUGUGGUCCCCGACCGGGAGGAAGGCGGCGUCGGCGGCGGCGGCGGAGGAGACGAGGAGGAUGGGCGCCUGGGCAGCCGAGCGGAGCUGGCCCCGCGCGCACGAGAGGGCGCAGGCUGCGGCCGCCCCGGGGCCCGGAGCCGGCGGGCGGCGGGCGGAGCCGCGAAGGCCGCUCGCGGCUGCUGUUGCUGGAGCGGGAGCUGAAGACCGUCACGUACUCGCUGCUGAAGCGGCUCAAGGAGCGCUCGCUGGACACGCUGCUGGAGGCCGUGGAGUCCCGCGGCGGCGUGCCGGGCGGCUGCGUGCUGGUGCCGCGCGCCGACCUCCGCCUGGGCGGCCAGCCCGCGCCGCCGCAGCUGCUGCUCGGCCGCCUCUUCCGCUGGCCCGACCUGCAGCACGCCGUGGAGCUCAAGCCCUUGUGCGGCUGCCACAGCUUCGCCGCCGCCGCCGACGGCCCCACCGUGUGCUGCAACCCCUACCACUUCAGUCGGCUUUGCGGGCCAGAAUCACCGCCACCCCCCUACUCUCGGCUGUCUCCUCCCGAAGAGUACAAGCCACUGGAUCUGUCCGAUUCCACAUUGUCUUACACUGAAACGGAGGCCACCAACUCCCUCAUCACCGCUCUGGGUGAAUUCUCAGACGCCAGCAUGUCUCCGGACGCCACCAAGCCGAGCCACUGGUGCAGCGUGGCGUACUGGGAGCACCGGACGCGCGUGGGCCGCCUCUACGCGGUGUCGGAGCAGGCCGUGAGCAUCUUCUACGACCUACCUCAGGGCAGCGGCUUCUGCCUGGGCCAGCUCCACCUGGAGCCGCGCAGCGAGUCCGUGCGCCGCACGCGCAGCAAGAUCGGCUUCGGCAUCGUGCUCAGCAGGGAGCCCGACGGCGUGUGGGCCUACAACCGCGGCGAGCACCCCAUCUUCGUCAACUCCCCCACGCUGGACGCGCCCGCGGGCGGCGGCGGCGGGAACAGCGGGGGCGGCCGCGCCCUGGUCGUGCGCAAAGUGCCACCGGGCUACUCCAUCAAGGCCUUCGACUUCGCGCGCUCGGACCUGCUGCAGCACGCGGCCGAGCCCGAGGCCACCGACGGCCCCUACGACCCCAACAGCGUGCGCAUCAGCUUCGCCAAGGGCUGGGGCCCCAGCUACUCGCGGCAGUUCAUCACCUCCUGCCCCUGCUGGCUGGAGAUCCUGCUCAACCACCACAGAUAGCGCCCAGCAGCUCCCCGGCCCGGACGCACCCCAGAUAUCAUCUACCUAGAUUUAAUAUAAAGUUUUAUAUAUUAUAUGGAAAUAUAUAUUAUACUUGUAAUUAUGGAGUCAUUUUUACAAUGUAAUUAUUUAUGUAUGGUGCAAUGUGUGUAUAUGGAUGAAGCGAGGAAGACGCACUUUGGCUUAUAAUUCUUUCAAUACAGAUAUAUUUUCUUCCUUUUCCUCUUUCCUCUCCUUUUUUGUUUUGUUUUGUUUUGUUUUUAAGAAAAUGAUACAGCAGAACUAGGUGGAAAAGCCUGGGUUUGGUGUAUGGUUUUUGAACUAUUAAUGCCCAGACAAAAAAGCUAAUAACAGUCACUCGUUGAUAAUAAAAUAUUCGCAUUAUA